GCUGCCGCCUUCUGCCUGGUCUUCCUGCUCAUCCAGUGCCUCCGGCAGCGCGUGCCCGAGGGGCUGAAGAGCCCCCCUGGACCCAGAGGCUACCCCAUCCUCGGCAACGUGCUGGAGCUGAGGAAGGACCCGCACCUGGUCCUGACCAGGCUGAGCCAGAAGUAUGGGGACGUGAUGGGGAUCAGAAUCGGCACCCGGCCCGUCCUGGUGCUGAGCGGGCUGGAGACCAUCAAGCAAGCGCUGGUGAAGCAAGGAGAAGACUUCAUAGGGCGCCCCGACCUCUACAGCUUCCAGUACAUCUCGAACGGCCAGAGCCUGGCCUUCGGCACCGACUCGGGGGAGGUGUGGAAAGCCCGCAGAAGGCUGGCCCAGAAUGCCCUGAAUGCCUUCUCCGUCACCCCCAGCCCCACCUCCCCCUCCACCUGCCUCCUGGAGGAGCACGUCUCCAAGGAGGCUGACUACCUGGUCACCAAGCUCCUGCAGCUGAUGGAGCAGGAGAAGAGCUUUGACCUGAACCAGUACCUGGUGGUCUCUGUGGCCAAUGUCAUCUGCGCCAUCUGCUUUGGCAAGCAUUACGACCACAGCAACCAAGAGCUGCUCAACAUAGUGGACCUCAACAACGAUUUUGGGGACGUGGCUGCCUCUGGCAACCCUGCUGACUUCAUCCCCGUGCUCCAGUACCUU